AUGAUAGUAGUGUAUACAAUAAUAUGUUUAUCAUUGUGUAUAAAAGGGUCACUCUCUGAGUAUGGUUCAAUUAUUCGUCUGUGGUUCAAUAAACGACUGGAUUGGCUGCCUGUAAGGAUACAACAAGUGGCGAUCAGGACCAGCACCAAGGAUCUACAGGACUCAAGACAACAGCCGCUCAAGACUUCAGAGCAACUCGUAUGCAAUAUGCCGAAGUCAUCUGGAGAUGGAACAGCUUCUGCUCAUCCUGCACAGCUCGAGGUAGUACUUCAAACUAUGCUUCAACAGUUGCAAUUUCAGCAUGAAGAAAUGAAAAUGCUGUUCGCCUCGUUAGCGCCUACCAAGGAUGGCAUGGUGGAUAACCAGAAGCUGCUAUAUGACCAAUUGAACAAGGACGUAGAAAAGUUCGUAUAUGAUGAGGAAUCUGGAUAUACAUUUGACUACUGGUACAGAAGACAACGCUACCGUAAGUAUGCAGAUGAUGUUCUACCUUUACAACCGCACGAGAUCGAUUUUGCAACAACAGUGAGGAAACCUUCAAAAGUUAUUUGCAUCCAAGAAAACGUUGAUCCGCCGCCGGAUACGACACUUACUUCGGAUUACGUACCAUUCCGAGAUUACGCGAACACGAUCAAAAGGAUGGAUGAAGAAGCUUCACUGAAGGAAAUGGAUUACACAGCACUGAAGACACUGCAGUUUGUGGCAGGACUUCAGGAUCCUUCCUACGAGAAAAUGCUUCGUCGACUCGAUACGCAAGCAGAAGACGCGCCAUUGACGAUUGAAGAUCUCGUUGCAGAAUGCGAAAAUUUCACAGCUCUGAAGAUGGAUAACGCAAAUAUGGGAACAAGCCACGAUGUUCAUGCCGUGCAGAAAAAGAAAGUGAAAUGUUUCAAAUGUGGAGGCCCACAUUACAGGAAUGUUUGUCCACUUCUCGCCAACCAACCAAAGAUGUCCGACCAGAUCCCAAAGAAACCAAGAAGGCAGCAUUAUCGUCGUAAGAGGAACCAGUGCAAAAACAUUGCAACUUUUGCCGCAGAGAAUGCAAGGACAUACAUCAAUGUUGAUGUCCGAGGGCAUUCGCUACGCUUCCAGCUUGACACUGGGGCGGAUAUUACCCUGAUAUCUCGCCGAACAUGGAAAAAGCUUGGAUCCCCAUUCCUGGAAUCCUGCACAAUACCAGUCAAGACGGCAGAUGGAUCACCGAUGAAAAUCGAUGGAAGAUUUUCCACAGGCUUCUCCGUGAAGGACCGCACUACUGGAAAUCAGUACCGAGGAAAUGGUUAUUGCUACGUUACUGGAAUGGUGUGCAACUCCCUCGCGUACAAGGAGUUACAAGAGAAGUACCACUGCCGAAUGGUGAGCGAAGCGGAUACUAUCAGAAGUUCCUUAGUUGGCGACCUGAAGAAGCAGUACGCAGAAAUUUUCAAAUGCGAGCUGGGUCGAUGCAAGAAAAGGAAAGCGAAAAUUGAAGUAUUAUCGAAGAACGCCGUGCACGUCAACUCCUCUCCUGGACAGCUUUCACACAGCAGAAUUGUUUCUCGGACGUCAGAUAAGGACUACCUUGACGUUACUGAAGGAAACAACCGAAGGUGA